AUGACAAUCAAAGCCUCUGACGGUCAGGAUGUUACCUCUCUUAUUGGCAACCUCGUGGAGAACGCUGUUUCCUCUCUCUCCAACAAAGACGUCCUGUCACGGGCAGAUUUUGCUUUGCAUUCGGCAGGCGCACGUACUGUCCCGAGACUUACGAGUCCAACAUACGAGCUACGGACACCGUCCAAGUCUUGGCAGCUACUCGGCUUCCUUGGGAGUGGGAACGGGGUUGCAAUAGGUAGACCGCCAGUCACAGCGCUUCAUCAUGAGGUGCACAACGGAUAUUGUUGGCCAUUUGCUGGAGCACAGGGGACUCUGGGCGUGAACCUCAUUCAACCAACUCUUAUUAACACCAUCUCCAUCGACCACGUCGCGAGGGAAGUUGCAACCGACGUAAGAAGCGCACCAAGAAAUAUGCAAGUCUGGGGAAUGAUUGAUGGGAAGGAUAAUUUCGAGAAGGCUAAGCAGAUCGUUGCAGAAAGGGAGAGGAGAAGACAGGAAGCUAUUGAGCGUGGUGAGGAAGUUCCUGGGGAUGUAGGUUUUGGUGUACCCGGAUGGUUGUCGAGGCGCGAGGAGGGGUUAUUCGUGAGAAUCGCUGAAUUUUCGUACGACGUUCGUUCCGAGAAGACAGUGCAAACAUUCACGGUGUACGAUGAUGUUAGGGAGUCGGGCCUUGAUUUUGGGACCGUGGUGUUACGAAUCAGGGAUAACUGGGGACAAGAGGCAUUUACCUGCUUGUACCGAUUCCGAGUGCAUGGGAAGCUAUUGACGCUCGCUCGCUCAGCAAAUGUACUACCUUUCUGUCAAACUACCUAA